UUCCCCGUUGUACUUCACUCACCUAUGUAAGCAUUCUAGGGUUCUUUAUUUUUCACUUCUCAGUCACAGAUCGAGCUCUGAUCUCCUGCUCGAUCGCCUGAAUCUCGUAAGAUUUGCUCGUACAUUUCAAGGUUCUUUUUUCGUCACUGUGAAAAUGAGAGAAAUCCUUCACGUUCAAGGUGGACAAUGCGGUAACCAGAUCGGAUCGAAGUUCUGGGAGGUUGUUUGCGAUGAGCAUGGCAUAGAUCCGACCGGAAGGUACACCGGAACCUCAGAUCUGCAACUGGAACGCGUCAAUGUCUACUACAAUGAGGCUUCUUGCGGUAGAUUUGUUCCCCGUGCAGUGCUCAUGGAUCUCGAGCCUGGAACCAUGGACAGUGUACGGACCGGUCCGUACGGCCAGAUCUUCCGUCCGGAUAACUUUGUGUUUGGACAGUCUGGUGCCGGGAAUAACUGGGCCAAGGGGCAUUACACGGAGGGAGCAGAGUUGAUCGACUCGGUUCUUGAUGUUGUGCGCAAGGAGGCUGAGAACUGUGACUGUCUUCAAGGAUUCCAAGUAUGCCACUCUCUCGGUGGAGGAACUGGUUCUGGAAUGGGGACUUUGCUGAUCUCAAAGAUCAGGGAAGAAUACCCUGACCGUAUGAUGCUUACAUUCUCUGUUUUUCCUUCUCCAAAGGUUUCAGAUACAGUCGUUGAGCCAUACAAUGCUACUCUCUCAGUUCAUCAAUUGGUAGAGAACGCAGAUGAGUGUAUGGUGCUUGAUAACGAGGCCUUGUACGAUAUAUGCUUCAGGACUCUGAAGCUAACUACUCCUAGCUUCGGAGAUUUGAACCACUUGAUUUCUGCAACCAUGAGUGGAGUCACCUGCUGUCUCAGAUUCCCUGGUCAGCUUAACUCUGAUCUCAGGAAGCUUGCGGUGAACCUGAUCCCGUUCCCUCGUCUCCACUUCUUCAUGGUGGGAUUUGCUCCCCUGACCUCACGUGGAUCACAGCAGUACCGUGCUCUUACUGUCCCAGAGCUGACCCAGCAGAUGUGGGAUUCAAAGAACAUGAUGUGUGCUGCGGACCCACGACAUGGCCGCUAUUUGACUGCCUCAGCCAUGUUCAGGGGCAAGAUGAGCACCAAAGAAGUUGAUGAGCAGAUGAUCAAUGUGCAGAACAAGAACUCAUCCUACUUUGUGGAGUGGAUACCUAACAAUGUGAAGUCGAGUGUCUGUGACAUUCCACCCAGGGGCCUUUCAAUGGCAUCAACAUUCAUUGGGAACUCUACUUCCAUCCAAGAGAUGUUCAGGAGGGUGAGUGAGCAGUUCACUGCCAUGUUCAGGAGGAAGGCUUUCUUGCAUUGGUACACUGGUGAAGGUAUGGAUGAGAUGGAGUUCACCGAAGCAGAGAGCAACAUGAAUGACCUUGUAUCCGAGUACCAGCAGUACCAGGAUGCAACAGCUGAUGAGGAGGAAGAAGGUGACUAUGAGGAUGAGGAGGAAGGUAUCCAGGAGAUGUGAAAGACUGAAAGAAGUUGGGAGA